AUGUUUGGUACUACUAAUGCGUUUGGCUCACGACCGAACAGCAUAUUUUCAUCCGGCACAGCCAAUACAAGUCAGAAUCCACUGAACGAUAUUGAAGUACCAUCACCACCCGAUGACACAGUUGAAGCGCUGAAAUUCAAUCCGCAGAUUGCUGGCCAGCCAGUUUUGCUUGUUUCGGGUAGUUGGGAUUCAGUGAUUCGUGUAUGGCAGAUCAGUGAAAGCGGUCAGUGUGAAGCAAAAGCUCAACAAAAUGUUACAGGACCAGUUUUAGAUCUUGACUGGCUUGAUGAUGGCACCAAAAUCUUUAUUGCAAGUGCAGAUAAGCAAGUACGAGUUUGGGAUCUCGCUUCAAAUCAGAUGGUCGUCGUGGGAACACACGAUGAACCUGUCAGGAAGUGUCACUGGAUCAAAGCUCCCAAUUACAGCUGUUUAAUGACCGGGUCAUGGGAUAAAACUUUACGGUUUUGGGACAUGAGGCAGUUGCCUACGCAAACAUCUUUAGCAACAGUUCAGCUUGGAGAACGUGUUUAUUGUAGUGAUGUGUUAUUUCCCAUGAGUAUUGUUGGUCUCGCUAAUCGGCGUAUGAAGAUUUACAGAUUGGACAACGAACCAUCCGAAGUGAAAGAUAUCGAGACUCCGUUGAAGUAUCAGAGCCGCUGUGCUUCAAUUUUCAAAGACAAAACAACUGGACUUCCCACUGGAUAUGCUCUUGGAUCUAUUGAAGGUCGAGUUGCAAUACAAUACGUUGAAGCUGCUAACCCAAAAGAUAAUUUCACAUUUAAAUGCCAUCGCUCUCCAGAAUUGAUCAAUGGAUUCCAGGAAAUCUAUGCCGUGAAUGAUAUCGCAUUUCAUCCGAGUUAUGGGACACUGGCAACUGUUGGUUCUGAUGGUCGGAUUUCAUUUUGGGAUAAAGAUGCAAGAACAAAAUUGAAAACAUCAGAUCCACUACCAGCACCUGUAACGCGGUGUGUUAUACAUGCUUCAGGACAGAUGAUGGCCUAUGCUAUCGGUUACGAUUGGAGUAAGGGCCAUGAGGGAUAUAAUCCUCAAACUGUCGGAAGUAAAAUCUUUUUGCAUGCAUGUGAUGAAGACAUGAAACCUAAACAGAAGAAGUAA